UGGGGCUGCCUGUCCCUUCGCUCGUCCCAGCCGCGGCAGGCUACGUCUACCUCGCAGCUCCUCACGGACCGAAGCGCCGCAAAGUUUUGACAUUUUGGCAGCAGAGACGCGCACUGACUCUCUCCCGCUGACAGCUGUGGCGGCGGCCGACUCUCGAGGACCGCUCAGUCUCAAGUCCUAGGCGCUCCCGCCGCCCGGAGUCCGGCGGCCACGAGGCCCCGCCGCGUCCUCCCGCGCUCGCCCUCCCGGAGGCUGCAGCCAUGUCUCGGGGGCCGGAGGAGGUGAACCGGCUCACGGAGAACACGUACCGGAAUGUGAUGGAACAAUUCAACCCUGGACUACGAAACUUAAUAAACCUAGGAAAAAAUUAUGAAAAAGCAGUGAAUGCUAUGAUCCUGGCAGGAAAAGCCUACUACGACGGCGUGGCCAAGAUUGGUGAAAUUGCCACUGGGUCUCCUGUGUCAACAGAGCUAGGCCAUGUCCUCAUAGAGAUUUCCAGCACCCACAAGAAACUCAAUGAGACUCUUGAUGAAAAUUUCAAAAAAUUCCAUAAGGAGAUUAUCCAUGAGCUGGAGAAGAAGACAGAACUUGAUGUAAAGUAUAUGAACGCUACUCUUAAAAGAUAUCAAGCAGAACACAGGAAUAAAUUAGAUUCUUUGGAGAAAUCUCAGGCGGAGCUGAAGAAGAUCAGAAGAAAAAGUCAAGGUGGACGAAACGCACUCAAAUACGAACACAAAGAAAUUGAGUACGUGGAGACGGUUACAUCUCGCCAGAGUGAGAUCCAGAAGUUCAUUGCCGAUGGCUGCAAGGAAGCCCUGCUUGAGGAAAAAAGGCGCUUCUGCUUUCUGGUGGACAAGCACUGCAGCUUUGCCAGUCACAUACACUACUAUCACAUGCAGUCUGCAGAAUUACUUAAUUCCAAGCUGCCCCGGUGGCAGGAAACCUGUUGUGAUGCCACAAAAGUCCCAGAGAAAAUCAUGAACAUGAUAGAAGAGAUAAAGACGCCCAUCUCCACCCCCGUGUCCGGGACGCCGCAGCCGUCACCCAUGAUCGAGAGAAGCAAGAUGAUUGGGAAAGAUUAUGACACCCUUUCUAAAUACUCACCAAAGAUGCCCCCUGCUCCUUCAGUCAAAGCCUAUACCAGUCCUUUGAUUGACAUGUUCAAUAACCCAGCUACAGCUGCACAGAGUUCAGAAAAAACAAACAACUCCACAGCAAACACUGGGGAAGAUCCCAGUCUACAGCGAUCAGUUUCUGUUGCAACUGGGCUGAACAUGAUGAAGAAGCAGAAGGUGAAGACCAUCUUCCCUCACACCGCUGGCAACAAUAAGACCCUACUGAGCUUUGCCCAGGGGGACGUCCUCACGCUGCUCAUCCCUGAGGAGAAGGACGGCUGGCUCUACGGGGAGCAUGACACCACCAAAGCGAGGGGCUGGUUCCCAUCGUCAUAUACAAAGUUGCUGGAAGAAAACGAAGCAAUGUCUGUCCCUACACCAAGCCCUGCACCCGUGAGAAGCAUCAGCACUGUGGACCUGACUGAGAAGAGCAGCGUUGUCAUCCCACCUCCCGACUACUUGGAGUGCCUGUCCAUGGGAGCCACCUCAGACAAGAGAGCAGACGCUCCCAAGGUGCCUUCUGCUUCUACCUUCAGAGCGCCAGUGUCCAGACCAGAUGCCACAUCCACCUCUCCCAGUGAUGCCAACGGGACCGCAAAGCCGCCAUUCCUCAGUGGAGAAAACCCCUUUGCCACCGUGAAACUCCGGCCGACAGUGACAAAUGACCGAUCAGCACCGAUCAUCCGAUGAAGAUGCAGAGGACAGUGCCAGCCCCUCUACUCGAGUUCUCACCCGCAGAGCGAUAGGUAUACAUUGCUGGACAGCAGGCAUUGUCAAAGAUUGCAGAGUGCCUGAUGUCAGUGAAGCCCCUCUUGAGCAAAUCAAUGUACUUUCUCAGAUUAACAGAGGUGGGUUUACACGUUUCUGUCUUUAAGGUAAAAGAGUAGCUUAGUGAAUAAAUCAACCAUUUGAAAUGUUUUCUUUUCUAUUCAAAAGGCAGUAAAUUUGGCUCAAAUUUUUAAAUUUUUAUUUUUAAGGAAAUAGCCAGAAUGAGGGAUAGUCGGUGUACGCUUUUAUGCCUGGCUUUCUGUAGCUGAAUGCAAAUAAGACCAGAGUUUUAUUUUAUAAA